GUUUUGCAGGAUUGGCUCCAGCAUUUGGCAUUGAUCUUCGUGCUGUUUUUAACGCUGCAUUUUAGAAACAGAUCAAGGCCGAGUGCAUACUCACCGGCCGAGGUCCUGGGGCGUCUGGAUGAAUUCAGGGACCGCAGUUUUACAGUUGGCUACAUCCCUACAACCCCGGCCAUCAGGGACAUAAUGCAGAGGGUCAACAGAAGCACCAUCAUCCCAGGAAUAUCGGUUCAGGAAUUUCAAAAUGCUUCUGACCUUCUGGAUGCAGUUGAUUGGAAAAUGCCCGCUGGUGUGGAAUUUGUGAAUGAGUUUACAUAUUAUAUCAGAUAUUAUCUGCACACCAUCUACAGCCCCAAUGACUACCUGGCUUAUAGAAGUAAGAGGGCAUGUGAUGGUCAGUGGGACGAAUAG